GGGUGACAUUGUUCUUCAGUUUGUGCUCUUACUUUGUUUUAUUAUAACUGUGCAUAAUUAGGCAGCUAUACUAUAGGGAGUAGAGAGUGUGUCAAAUCUACAUCCUUGAGGGCUAUGGGUUAGAAUCUGAUUCAACAGAAAGGAUGUAACUUAACAAUGUUAAGGGAACAUUCUGUAAAUUAUUUGCUAAGAGUCCAAGAUGGGAGAAUAGUUUUGAUACGAUAGGCAACUGGAAGCCGCAUUCGUUUUUUGACAUAAUAACUGCUAACAUUUAUUGAAUGCUUAUGUGCCAGCAGUGUCAUAAGUGCUUUGCAUGUAUUAAUUUAUUUACUUCUAGCAGUCCUAUAGAGUGGGUACAAUGAAUAUUCCCCAACUGUCAUUGCCCAGCCAGGAAAACAGAAACCAUUGUAGGUAUUUCAAACAAGGUAUUCAAUACAAGGACUUGGUUGCAAAAGUUGGAAGGACUAGAGGAAUAAAGGGGGAGAAGAUAAUAUAACUUCAGGAAGGUACUUCCCUAAAAUUGGAAGAGAAAUUCUCACAGAGAUGUAGCUGCUGCUGAAACCAGUAAUCCUGCCAGAGCCCACAGUUGCCAGCAGCUGCCAAGGUCACACCUGCCAUCUCUGUUACAGAAACCCACCAGAGUUGUCUGCUGCUGAAGGAGUCAGAAAAUAAAUGAUCCCCCUUUCAAUCUCUCUCUUUUCUAUUUUAAUAUUUUUAAUGUUUAUUCUAUUUUAUGGUUUUGUUCUUUUAUUUUUAAAACAUAUUUGCAAACUCUGCACAAACUAAAUGUCCAUCGAUGGAGGAAUGGAUAAAGAAGAUGUGGUACAUAUAUACAAUGGAAUAUUACUCAGCCAUAAAAAAUAAUGACAUAAGGCCAUUUGCAGCGACAUGGAUGGACCUUGAGAUUGUCAUACUGAGUGAGUUUAGCAAUGGAGUCUUUCUCUGCUGAGACCAAUUCAACUGACCUACCGUCACAGCCCUGGGAUGAACCCCAGGUAAUUCUCUCCAUGGUCAUUCUCAGUUUCACUUUCCUACUGGGGUUGCCAGGCAACGGGCUGGUGCUGUGGGUGGCUGGCCUAAAGAUGCAACGGAGCGUGAGCACAGUUUGGUUUCUCCAUCUCACCUUGGCUGACUUUCUCUGCUGCCUCUCCCUGCCCUUCUCCCUGGCUCACUUGGCUCUCCAAGGACACUGGCCCUACGGCUGGUUCCUAUGCAAGCUCAUCUCCUCCAUCAUUGUCCUCAACAUGUUUGCCAGCGUCUUCCUGCUGACCGCCAUUAGCCUGGACCGCUGUCUUUUGGUACUCAAGCCAGUCUGGUGCCAGAACCAUCGCAACGUGGGGACAGCCUUCACUAUCUGUGGGUGUAUCUGGGUGGUGGCUUUUGCAAUGUGCACACCUGUGUUCAUAUACCGGGAAACGUUCACUAUAGACAACCAUAGUAUGUGUGGCUACAAUUUUGGCCUCUACAGAUCAUUAGAUUAUUCAGACUUCAACUUUGAUCUACUGGAAAACGGGUCUCUUGACAACUCCAUUGUUGAGCUGCCUGAAGAAACGGACGAUAGGUUAGAUUCUUUCUCUCAACAAACAAAUGACUCGCCCUGGGCAGCCACCGCUGGCCUCCGUUCUCACAUAUUUCAAAGAACUUCUGGACAUUCACUCCCGACGGCUUCAGCUAGAUUAUCUGUUCAACAUCCAUAUUAUAAUGUAUUUAAACCAGCUGAUGAGUUCUCAGCUACAAUCGCCAGUGAUUUUCCCAUCGACGAUCACAGAACUAACCCACUGGAGAGCUCUGAUGCUCCUCUUCCUGCCGAUUUAGACCUUUUCUCUAGUGCCUCCGGCAACUCCUCAUACACAUCGGAGCUAUUGGAAGAUUUCCAGGAUGAUGAUUUAGGCCAAUUUGCAUAUGGCCAUCAAGUGCCAACACCCCAGGUAGCAAUAACCAUCACUAGGCUAGUGCUGGGUUUCCUGUUACCCUUCAUCCUCAUGGUGGCCUGUUACAGCCUCAUUAUCUUCCGAAUGCGUCGGAGCCGCUUCACCAAGUCUCGGAGCAAAACCUUGAGAGUGGCUAUGGUGGUGGUGGCUGUCUUCCUUGUCUGCUGGGCUCCAUACCACAUUGUUGGGGUCCUCUUACUGUUUAUUGACCCAGAAACUCCCUUUGGGGAAGCGCUGUUGUCCUGGGACCACGUGUCUCUUGCUUUAGCAUCUGCCAAUAGUUGCUUCAAUCCCUUCGUCUACGCCCUUCUGGGGAAAGAUUUUAGGAAAAAAGCAAAACAGUCCGUGCAGGGAAUUCUGGAGGCAGCUUUCAGUGAGGACCUGACACACUCCACCAGCUGCCCCCCAAACAGAGUCUCUUUGGAAAACAACAGUAUCAGCACAGCUGUGUGAGACUAUGGAGCAGGUGACCCAGGCAGAGGCUCUCAGGCAUUCCCCCAGCGCAUCGUAUUUCUAAAGAGACGGCAGAUGGGGAGCAGGGGAUUUCAGAAACGGUCAGAAAAUCAAUCCAGAGGGUCUUAAAGUGUGGCCCCAGACUAGUGGCAUCGGUAUCACCUGGAAAGUUGAUAGAAAUACAAAUUCUCCAGCCCCACCAGAGACUUGCUGAAUCAGUCUCUGGGGGUGGGGCUCAGACAGUGUUUUCAAAGCUCCCUUGUUUUGGAUGAAUGCUCAAUUUGGGAAGCAUUGUAAAAAUUAGUCUAUUUCUAUCUCAAACAAAGCCACGUGAAAUAAAUGCGAAGGCAAUCUCCUUUAAAAUGUUUCCAUCAUUAAAUUUCUUUCUAAUUUCCUUCCAGAUUCAAGUUAAAACCAUUUCUCCUAGUCCUACCUGAGUGAAAGGUGAUCAUUUAUUCUAUGGUUUUGUUGUGAUGGUGGUGGUGAUAGUUUUAAAUGAAAAAAAAAAAAAAAAAAGGUGCAAAAAGAAAGUCCAUAAAGACAAGGAGUUAUGAGUCUGAGUCUGGAGCAGAGUACAAUGCCAGAUGCCUGCAACUUGGAAUACUCCUGGAUACAGGAUGUAGGAAUUCUGAGUUUCCAUUAUUACAACUAAAUAAGCAUCUAUUGUGUAAAGACAGACUACUUAGGCAUCUAAAGACUUUCUCAUGAAACAGUA